UCUCGGAAAUGCCCAGCCUAGGAGGCUGAGGCCUCUAGCUUUGUGCUCACCCCAACAACCGGGGUGGGGUAGGGGAAAGGAUAAAGGCUGAGCAGGCAAGAGGCAGCAGCAGUUUACAGGGAACCUAAAUGUAGACAGAAAGGAAAAGGAAAGAAGGGAACUUAGGGACCAGGAAUGAAAGUGGAGGGGAGGAGAGAGGCUAUCUAGGGGAGAACCCACCCACACCCACAUAAUCUGGGGAAGCUCCACCCAGAAGGUGGCUCAGUGCAGAGGGAGGAAGGACAGCAGGGCAGGCACAUCUGGGGCAGCAGCAUUACUUGAGCCAAGGUUCUUCCACACAGAGGGAGUGCGGAGCAGGCAGCAAAGAUCCAUGGAGACUCCCUCAGCCUCUCCCCACAGAGGGCAUGUCCACUGGCAGAGGUCCCUGCUCACAGUCUCACUUUUAAUCUUCUGGAGCCCAUCCGUCCCAGCCCAACCCACCAUUGAAUCCGUGCCAUUCAGUGCUGCCGAAGGAAAUGAUGUUCUUUUACUUCUCCGAAAAAAAAUUUUUUUUUUUAAUCCACCAGUAGGCACUUUUGCCUACAUCUGGUACAAAGGGGAAAGUGCAGGAAACAACAACAAUAGAAUUGUAUCAUAUAUACCACAACUUCAAACAAAUGCUUCAGGGCCUGCCUACACUGGUCGAGAGACAAUAUACCACAACGGGUCGCUGCUAUUCCAGAACGUCACCCUGAACCACACAGGAGUCUACACACUGCAAAUAUCAAGCAUAUUUGGUGUUGCGCAGAUAGCCGGACAGAUCCGCAUAUACCCUAAGCCUUAUCCCAGGCCUUCAGACUCCAGCAAUGGCUCCAACCCCAUGGAGGACAAAGACUCUGUUACAUUAGCUUGUGACCCUGAGACUCAGAACACAACCUCCCUGUGGUUGAUAAACAAUCAGAGCCUCCCAGACAGUGCCAGGCUGAAGCUGCCCUCAGACAACAGGGUUCUCACUGUACACAGUGUCAUAAGGAAAGAAACAGGACUCUAUGAAUGUAGAACCCAGAACCCAGUGAAUGUCCUCCAUAGUGACCCAUUCAUUCUGAAUGUUCUCUAUGGCCCGGAUAUCCCCACCAUUUCCCCCUCAUACUGGUAUUACCCACCAGGGGCCAACCUCACUCUCUCCUGCAAUGCGACCUCCAACCCACCUGCACAGUAUUCUUGGCUUAUCAAUGGAAACUAUUUGCAAUCCACACAAGUGCUCUUUAUCCCCAACAUCACGAGUGAUAGUGGAAACUAUACCUGCCAUAUCCAUAACAAUGCCACUGGCCUCAAUAGAACCACGGUCAAGACUAUCACAGUCUCUGCGGAAUUAACCACACCCUUCAUCACCAACAGCAGCUCCAACUCCAUGGAGGACCAGGACUCUGUUAUAUUAACGUGUGACCCUGAGACUCAGAAUACAACCUACCUGUGGUUGAUAAACAAUCAGAGCCUCCCAGACAGUGACAGACUGGAGCUGUCCUCGGACAACAGGACCCUUACUGUAUACAAUGUCACAAGGAAUGACACAGGACCCUAUGAGUGUUGAACCUGGAACCCAGUGUAUGUCCUCCAUAGUGACCCAUUCAUCCUGAAUGUUCUCUAUGGUGCAGACACCCCCACCAUUUCCCCCUCAGGCUGGAAUUACCCUCCAGGGACCAUUGUUACCCUCUCCUGCCAAACAGCCUCCAGCCCAACAGCACAGUGUUCUUGAUUUAUCAGUGGGAGUCUCCAUCAACCCACACAAGAGAUCUUUAUCCCCAACAUAGCACUGAAUGAUAGUGGAUGCUAGGACUGCCUCAUCCAUAACUCUGCCACUGGCCUCAGUAGAACCAUGACAAGACUGUAACAG